AUGCCCCGGAAACGGCGCAACUUUUUGUCUCGCCUGUACAGGCCUGAACCUGCCCCGCCCGCUUUUGGAAAGGGGAAGGUCGUUCCUGAUAUCCGGUCCAAUAUCUUGUCACGAGUUACUGUGGAGUGGCUCACCCCACUGCUAACGGUAGGGUAUACGCGACCUAUACAGGAAGACGAUUUGUGGGAACUGGACGAUGCCCGCCUCGCGCAUACAGUCGCCGAUCAAGUAGAGCAAAACUUCUACGCUCGCUGCCCCCCGGGAAAACGCCCUAUAUUUCUACGCGCUCCCACUGAGGCAGGAGAGGUCGACGUGCAGUUCACCCGCACUGGCACGAGCUUCGGCACGAGGACUGCUGCUGCUAGCUCGUCGGGGUAUGGCGAUCUCGAAGAAGGCAGUACAGAGAAGCUCGGACGGACGAAGUCCUCUGCCACUCCUGCCGACCUCCCCAGCACCAGCAGCUCAAAAGCUGACAAAAGGGAGUACGACUCCUCCCUUCUCCUUGCGCUCAAUCGCACCUUCUUCUGGCGUUUCUGGCCCACAGGCAUCCUCAGGCUCGUCGGCGAUACGCUCAAUACCACCACCCCACUGGUGAGCAAGGCGCUUAUUGCCUACCUCACGGAAGCGUACGUGUUUUAUCGCGACCCGACUGCCCCGGCUCCCAGGGACGUGGGGUAUGGUAUAGGGCUGGCAAUCGCACUGUUUGUCAUGCAAGAGGUGAGCAGUAUCUGCCAGAAUAACUAUAUGCAAUGGGCCAUGCAGACUGGGUUCUUGAUUCGCACUUCCGUCAUCUCCAACAUCUUCCGCAAAGCGCUCCGCCUAUCUGGCAAAGCCCGGAUCACGCACAACACCGGCCAGAUAACAACGAUGAUCUCCGCCGACGCUACGAGGAUGGACGAAGCCUCUGCGUACGCGCACGGGCUGUGGGUUUUCCCUAUCCAGAUCCUUAUCGGAAUCGCCCUGCUUAUUUCUAACCUGGGGUACUCGGCGCUUGUGGGGUUGGCGGUGCUCGUACUUGGGUUUCCGCUGCAGGGAUAUCUGGUGAAGAUGAUUUAUGGAUCGAGGAGGAGGGCGGUGAUGCUCACGGACCAGAGGGUGCGACUGAUGCAGGAGAUCCUAGCAGGAAUACGUGUUAUCAAGCUCUAUGUGUGGGAGGCGUUCUAUGCUCGCAAGAGCGGCGACAUCAGAGAAAAAGAGCUGCACAACGUACGCACGAUGGCUCUCGGACGAGCAUGCAUGGCAUCAAUCGUAGCUUUCAUCCCUAUCGCAGCGUCCAUCUUGUCUAUCAUCACCUACGCGCUAUCAAACCACCCCCUCACUCCGGCCAUCAUCUUCUCCUCCCUACAAUACUUCAACAUCAUCCGCACCCCCCUCGUGGCUCUGCCAUACGUCUUUACCUACUGCACAGACGCAUACAUCGCCCUCGGCCGAGUGGGGAAGAUGCUCUUGGCAGAGGACCUCGAGGACCCGUACUCUGUACAUUUGGACGCGGAGCUGGCGGUGGAUGCAGAGGGGGACUUCGUUUGGGAGAGCGUGGAGAAGCCUGAUGAGAAAUCCAAGGGGCGGGGAGGGAAAGCAGGGGGAGCGGGAGCAGGAAUGACCAAGGAGGCUGCCAAGAAGAAGACAGCGGAAGCUGCGAAGAAGAAUAAGGAGAAUAAGGAGAAGAAGAGGAAGGGAUUGGCACCGCUGGAGGGGAAGGAGAAGGAGGACCCGAAUGCCAGGCAACCGUUUGCGCUCAAGGAUAUCGAUUUGAAGGUCCCGAGAGGGAGCUUCAUCGCUAUUGUGGGCAAGGUCGGCAGCGGCAAGUCUUCCCUACUCCAGGGGCUUAUCGGAGAAAUGCGACGAACCCGUGGCCACGUCGUCUACGGUGGUUCGACAGCGUAUGUCCCUCAAGCAGCAUGGAUCAUCAACGCCACAUUGCGCGACAAUGUUAUGUUUGGCAAGCCAGACGACCCGGAAAGGUUCGACGCAAUCUGUCAUGCCUGUGCGCUGACCCCAGAUCUGGACAUGCUCCCCAACGGGGACAUGACCGAGAUCGGAGAGAAGGGGAUCAACCUCAGUGGCGGACAGAAAGCACGAGUGUCCUUCGCCAGGGCGACAUACUCUGAUGCGGAUAUCGUCUUACUUGACGAUCCUCUCAGCGCGGUGGAUGCGCAUGUGGCGAACCAUAUUCUCGAAAACUGCUUGCUGAGAGGACCGCUGGCAAACAAGACGAGGAUCUUGGUCACACAUGCACUGUACGUGUUGCCCCGUGUGGACCAUAUCCUGCAUGUAGAGGAGGGACGGCUCACAGAAUCUGGCACUUACGAGGAGUUGUUGAGCAAUGGCAAAGGGUUCGCCGAGCUCAUUGAGGAGUUUGGUAACCAACAAAAACAAAAGGCCGGGGAUGAAAAGAAGACAAAAGCAUCGGAGCAAGGGGAAGGGAAAACGAGCUCCAAGGGGCCUAAGUUGAUGCAAGAAGAAGAGCGCAGAACGGGCCAAGUUACAACGAAAGUUUACACCGAGUGGCUCCAAGCUGCUGGAUCUGUCCUCUGGGCACCAGGGCUUCUGGCUAUCAUUGCUUUUGGUCAGGCUGCGUCUGUCGGAAAUAACCUAUUUCUCGGCUUUUGGACCAGUGACAGCAUCUCUGACUUCAGUCAGUCUGGAUAUAUGGGGAUGUAUGCUGGGCUUGGCGGUGCCCAGGCCUUCUUCGCAUUCCUCAGUGCUCUUUUCCUGAGCUUGACGGCUAUUGAAGCUAGUAGAAAUCUGCAUGCGACCGCUCUCAUGAGGGUGUUCAGGGCACCUGUAUGGUUUUACGACACGACGCCUCUUGGGCGAAUCGUCAAUCGACUUGCCAAAGAUGUGGACGUCAUGGAUAACCAGCUCGCAGUCUCUAUUUACCAGCUGUUGACUACCGCGGCUUCCGUUGUUGGCACUGUCUUCCUCGUGUUCUACACCUAUGCGUACCUCGGAAUCAUCUUCGUCCCUCUGCUGUUCUUGUACUGGGCCGCAUCUACCUUCUAUCGCCGAACAUCGGUCGAAGUGAAGCGCAUGGACUCUAUUCUGCGUUCCAACCUGUACGCCUCCUAUUCUGAAACGCUGACAGGACUAGCCACUGUUCGCGCAUAUCGAGAACAGCAACGAUUCGUGACGACAACCGAACACGCGAUAGACGUAGAAAACAGGGCCUACUUUAUGACCAUUACCUUGCAGAGGUGGCUCGGUAUGCGACUUGACUUCCUUGGAAACUGCCUCAUCCUCGGAAUUGGCCUGUUUUCUGUCGGAUUCCGUAACACCGUCGACCCAUCGAAGGCUGGUGUUGUGCUUUCCUACACUCUGUCCAGUAUGUCAUCCAGGGACCCAACGGCAACCCGUACAGACGCCGAGCUCAUCUCGGCCCUUCAGCGUGCUUGGUUGCUUCCACAGGCUGGGCAAAGCGACCCAAUUGCAGAAGCCAAGUUUGACUUGGACGGGGCAGUCACCGACGAAGGGACGAACUUCAGUGCUGGUGAACGCCAGCUAGUCGCUUUGUGUCGAGCAUUGGUGAAGAACAGCAAGAUCAUCGUUCUCGACGAGGCCACGUCGAGCGUUGAUGUUGCUACCGAUUCAAAGAUCCAGAUGACAAUUCAGCAAGAAUUCGUUUCGUCUACCCUACUUUGCAUCGCACAUCGUCUGAAUACUAUUGUGUACUAUGAUCGCGUGCUGGUGCUCGACGACGGAAGAAUUGCCGAAUUCGAUACCCCGCUGAAUCUGUUUGAUAACCCUACUUCGAUCUUCCGCUCUAUGUGCGAUAAGGCUGGUCUCAGUCGACGAGACAUCGAGCGGAUCCGUGCCGGAGUUGCCAGCCAAUUGCCGACUCUCGUGGCGUCGACACCAGAGACUGCGUCGAUCGCCUCAGCAGUUGAGCAGCGUACUGAGGGAGACGUCCUAAUCACGCAAAUGGAUGCGGAGAGGACGAUGGAAGCAGAUACAGCACUGGAGAUAGCUAACGAGGUUGGACCUCGCGCCGCGGCAACCGAUGGAAUACAAGCAGAACAGGGCGCCGAAGCUCUGGGUGCUCUUCGUGCAGAGACUGACCGGGAGACACAGUGA